CCUUACUGAAAAUUUGUAAACUUCCGAUCACAAGAUGGCAAGCGAUACUUGGUUAAAAGACUAUGAAGCCUGUGCUAGUGUUGGACAGGAACUUAUGGUUUUGAUCAAUGAUAGAAAUAAAAAUGGUCGCACAAGUUCUACAUACACAAAGCUGUCAGCACAAAUAAGAGUUAAACUGAAAACAUUCUCAAAUGAAGUCAACAAGCUGAAACAGAAUUUAAUAAGAGCAUCAUCAUCAUAUCAUAUAACACAGAGAGAAGUUGAACGUAGACAGAUGUUGAUUGAUAAUUUAAUUACUAAAGAAAAACAGAUCAAUGAAGCUUUUAAAAAUGAAGGUAGUACGUCUAGCAAUAAGCUGAUGGGUACCGAUACUUUUGGUAGUAAUGAUCCUUGGGGUGUAAGAGAUGAACCUGAAGACUUCCAGGGAAGAUCCAAUACUGAAGUUAGAUCACAACAGCAGCAAAUUAUUCAACAACAAGACAGAGGUCUAGAAUCACUUUCUCAUGUUAUCACUCGGCAGAAACAAAUGGCCAUAGAUAUAGGUGAUGAAGUAGAUAGUCAGAAUAUAUUAAUUGAUGACAUAGGAGAGCAUAUGGAUAGAACUGGUGAAAGAUUAAUAAAAGAAACAAGACAUAUAAAAAUUGUAGAUCGAAAGUCAAAUACAUGUGGAUACUGGGUAGCCAUUGUGUUGUUGUUUAUUGCUAUAAUAGUCAUUGUUGCUGUGCCAUACCAUAACAAAUAAAGAUUGGUUGCAUAAAGAGUUAGAUGGAACUAUGCAGAGCUUUAUCCAAAAUAGUGCAAUUAAAAAACAAACUACAUUAUAAAGGACCAAAUUAUGAAUGUGAUAACUAUUGUUUUAUAAUUCAUAUGUGUAAUAUAAUUUAUUAUUUUAAA